CUAGAUCUGAAUGCAUUCUGGAUCUGUCAAGAGCACUGCUUUUCUGCUGCGUAAUAUCUCCACCUGAUUCAACAAAGAGGACAAACGCAGUGUUCUAGUGUAGUGUUUGAGUUUUCCAGACUCUCAUUGUGUUCGCCAGUGUUUGUACUGGAGCUCAGCGAUCUGUUUUAGGAGAGAGAGAGAGAGAUAGAGAGCGAGAGAGGGGUGUGAAAGUGAAGCACUAUCAGUCUUUGCGGACUGGAGGCUCAAAAACAGCGGAAGAGAGAAAGAGAGAGAGUGAGAGAGAGAGGAAUCAAUCAGCCAUGGCAAAUAUCGCUGUGCAAAGGAUCAAGCGAGAGUUCAAAGAAGUGCUGAAAAGCGAAGAGACAAGUAAGAAUCAAAUAAAAGUAGAUCUGGUGGAUGAAAACUUCACAGAGUUAAAGGGAGAAAUAGCAGGACCACCAGACACACCGUAUGAAGGGGGCAGAUACCAGCUAGAAAUCAAGAUUCCUGAGACAUAUCCUUUUAACCCACCCAAGGUGCGGUUUAUUACUAAGAUCUGGCAUCCCAAUAUAAGUUCAGUUACUGGGGCGAUAUGUUUGGACAUUUUAAAAGACCAGUGGGCUGCUGCUAUGACUCUGCGAACAGUUCUGCUCUCACUACAGGCUCUGUUAGCUGCAGCAGAGCCAGAUGAUCCUCAAGACGCUGUGGUAGCCAAUCAGUAUAAGCAGAAUCCAGAAAUGUUCAAACAAACGGCUCGUCUCUGGUCUCACGUUUACGCUGGUGCUCCCGUGUCCAGUCCCGAGUACACACGCAAAAUAGACAAACUUUGUGCAAUGGGCUUUGACAAAAAUGCAGUAAUAGUAGCCUUGUCCUCAAAAUCAUGGGACGUGGAGACAGCGACAGAGCUGCUACUAAGCAACUGAUCAUCCAGUUCUCUUCAUCAGGCCAUAUUUUCCUCGAACCCCUCCUGCUUCAUGACCCAUCCACACACUCACGUGUCACCCAUCUUGGUUUGUGUUCAGAAUGAAUGUUUGGGUUACAAGACAGCAGUCAGACGGCAAGAGUCAUCUUCUGUCUCUCAUAGCAAAUGUUCACAUCCCUUGUCUGGUCCAGUCUUUUUUUUUUUUUUUUCCUUUCCAUAAUUUUAGUUUUUGCCUUGCUACAAUCAUUUCCCACUUAAAUUUAGGCAGCCACCUUCCCUUUAAAGAAACCCAACGAAGACGGUCAUUUCAUGCUUAAAGAAAGCCACUUGCAUCUGUGAAACUAUGUUAGUACAUGUAAAUUAGUAUAUUUAAGGUUGUGUACAUUUAAAAGACAAAAUAGCAGGAAUGUUAUUUUUUUUCAACCUGUACACCAUAAAAUUGGUUUGGGAUCUGCUUAUUUCAGUGGGAUAUUUAGCAUUUAAAACUAAAAUCUUUGAGAUUAAUAAUACCCCUUCUACUUGAGACUUUCUUACAAUGAACAAAUGUGUGAUUUUAUUUGCUCAGUUGAAUUUUUUUUUUUUUUAAUGUUUCUUUGGCUUUGCACUAAUCUGUCUGUACAACAGUUGAUAUGGCCAGAUGACAUGGUGUUAUGUUAUGAGUGCAGACACAGUUUCAAAAUUACUGGGUGAAGUGUUAUUUUUUGUGUUUUUUUUUAACGAAAGCAAGAUUGCCUUCUCACUUUUCCCUCUUUUUGAAAAGACGGACGAUGCGGGAUUGGUCACAAACACUUUUUUUCGUUUCAAGGCAGCUGUAGGGGUUGCAACUUGAUAACGGACAGAUACACCUUGAGUUGCCUCGAGUUUUUUUUUUUUUUUUCUUUUUCUUUUUUUGAAGAAUGUAUUGUAUGAAACAACUUGCAUUUAAGUCUAAACAUUUUGUACAUCUAGAAAUGAGAAAGUGAAGACAUAAGAGUUUCUGUUCUUUUAAAA